CCCUCUACCUCCGCGUCUGCGCCGCUCAGCUGCUUUAACCUAGCCUCGCCACUGUAAAGAAGUCAAAACCCGCAUCGAAAAUGCAAGGCUCAGAGCCCGUAAGUGCGGUCUCAAACUAAAAAACUUAGGCGCGCGCAAUUCCCACUUUACAUACACGCCGAAAAGAUGGAGACGGUUAGACGAGCACAGGGGUGUUGGACGUGCAAACGGCGUAAGAUCGGAUGUGACCGAGGUUACCCAGCCUGUAACAACUGUCUCCGGACGGGGAGAGAAUGCCACGGCUAUGGGAUCCGUCUCGCGUGGCCAGAUCAGCCGGACGGCAGGCGCAGAUCGAAUAACCUGAAAAGCGAAACGCUCUACCAUCACGAGAUCGAUUCCGAGUACUACGGGAAGCAGUUUUUGAAUGUGACUUACUCAGACCUAGCAGUCGCAAGGAAAGGCAUAUCGCCUAUUGGCUUAACAAUCAUCCGUGGUCAGCCACGACCGGGACGAACAAUCCCUCUAUUCGCGAACCUUCACGAGAGGGAAUCGCAUCUCAUUAGCUACUGUAAGGGAAAAAAACCUGAUCUACUCCAGAUACCCCAUGUUUCAAAUAAGUUGCUUACUUUUAGCGCGUCAGAUCGGAGCAGGCUAUCCCAGAUGAUAUCCACAAUUGACAUCAACAACGGGUUCCGCGAUGAUUUGCUACCUAUGGCCCUCGCAAGUCUCGGGAGCGCUUCGGAUGGCCUCCGAAAUGCCAUGCUUGCGGUAUCCGCUUUUCACUUAUGGGGCCCAGAGCAAGCUCUAUCCUAUAAGGCCGAUGCGCUUCGGUCUUUAUCUUCCUCGCUUUCGAGCGAAUCUAUUGGGAUUACUGAGACCCAACUAGCCACGUCAAUGAUGCUUUGCGUCUAUAAUGUAUUUGACGAAACUGAGGGAAAUUGGAAUUUACAUCUACAAGGUGCCCAAACUAUCCUUCGCAAACUCGCCAAUAUCCAUGGCGGGCGGUUGAGAUAUGGCUUUUUAUACACAUGGUUUUUGUAUCAUGAAAUUUUAGGUGGUUUUAGUCAACCUCUUCAAUAUGGAAAUCGAGGCCCAGCUUCUCUACAACUUCUCCAUGAUUCGAGUUUUGAUAAAUCAUUGAUUAUAGGAUCACUCGGAUGUUCCGUAGAAAUUAUGGAGAUUAUUAGCUAUGUGAAUGGAUUGCGAGCCAUCGAGUUACGGGGCGAGUCCGCACAUUUCAGCGCCGAAGAACGAGCGCGAAGAGCCGAUGAAUGGCGUGCGAUUGAGAGUAGAAUAACGAUUCCCUCACAACAUCUAAGUCCUACGGAUGCGACUCGUCUACCAGCUCACGAGCGUACUAGAAUCCUUACUACCGCCGAGUUAUACCGAAUUGCGACGUACCUUUACUUACAACGAACAGGUGAAUGCACUCAAAGCCACGAACUUAGGACGAUGUACCUAGAGCAAGCAUUCCAGGCAUUGGGUAUUCUGGAUGUCUGCACGAGUCCUUGGCCACUUUUCGUUAUUGCAUGCGAGACCGAGAACGACCAGCAAAGGAUAUUGAUCCUUCAGGCCCUCGACCGGAUGGAUGACGAGCGACGAAUCGGUAACGUUUAUGUCUUACGAGAUAUAAUCGAAUCUUACUGGAAACAACAAGAUCUUCAAGCCGAUAGUGGUCGAGUCUCUAAUGCCAAAUGGUGGAACGUCGUCGACCUAAAUAUUACUGCACCUUGGUGUAUCUAAAAUGACAGAAAACCUCCAUUCACCUUAUCCCGUAUCCUUAUCCUCAUUAUUCUCAUCACUAUCCUCGACAUCAUUC